ACUUGCCGGGAGGAAAGCGUGUGCGUGUUGAUUUCAAAAAAUAGUUUUGCUUGUAAAAUACUGAUAAAACAAAUGUGUUGAUUGUUAUUUAAGAAAGUGUAAUCAAAUAUUAAUGAUAUGACGACUAAUCCAAGGAAGGGGACUGACCCUACGCCUCUGGAGGAGAGUGAUCAACUCACAAUCAGACCAUUAGGGGCUGGUCAAGAAGUGGGCAGGUCUUGCAUCAUGUUAGAGUUCAAAGGGAAGAAAAUAAUGUUGGACUGUGGAAUCCACCCUGGACUAUCUGGAAUGGAUGCCUUACCCUUUGUGGACUUAAUAGAGGCUGAUGAAGUGGAUUUACUAUUAAUCUCACAUUUCCACUUGGACCACAGUGGUGCUCUGCCAUGGUUCCUAACAAAGACCUCUUUCAAGGGUAGAGUGUUCAUGACCCACGCCACUAAAGCCAUUUACAGGUGGCUGGUGUCAGAUUAUAUUAAAGUUAGCAACAUAUCAACAGAGCAAAUGCUCUACACAGAGUCGGAUCUGGAAGGUUCCAUGGACCGGAUAGAGACCAUCAACUUCCAUGAGGAGAAGGACGUCCGUGGAGUUCGCUUCUGGGCGUACAACGCUGGCCAUGUGCUGGGAGCAGCUAUGUUUAUGAUUGAGAUAGCUGGUGUUAAGGUACUGUAUACGGGUGAUUUCUCAAGACAAGAAGAUCGACAUUUAAUGGCGGCUGAAAUCCCCACUGUACAUCCAGACGUUCUUAUUACUGAAUCAACAUACGGCACCCACAUCCACGAAAAACGCGAGGAGCGCGAGAGUCGGUUCACGGGGCUCGUGAGCGACAUCGUACAGCGCGGAGGACGAUGCCUCAUUCCCGUGUUCGCUUUGGGACGUGCGCAGGAGUUGCUGCUGAUUUUGGAUGAAUACUGGUCAUUCCAUCCGGAGCUCCAAGAUAUCCCGAUUUACUACGCAUCGUCACUCGCUAAGAAGUGCAUGGCGGUGUAUCAGACCUACGUGAAUGCCAUGAACGACCGCAUCCGCCGCCAGAUCGCCGUCAACAAUCCCUUCGUGUUCCGCCAUAUAUCCAACCUGAAGGGUAUCGACCACUUUGAGGACAUCGGCCCCUGUGUGAUCAUGGCGUCCCCCGGCAUGAUGCAGUCGGGGCUGUCUCGGGAGCUGUUCGAGUCGUGGUGCACGGACCCAAAAAACGGCGUCAUUAUUGCGGGCUACUGCGUGGAAGGUACUCUGGCUAAGACGAUUCUGUCGGAGCCGGAGGAGAUCACGUCGAUGUCGGGGCAGAAGCUGCCGCUGCGCAUGUCGGUGGACUACAUCUCGUUCUCUGCGCACACGGACUACCAGCAGACGUCAGAGUUCAUCAACAUAUUGAAGCCGCCGCAUGUGGUGUUAGUGCACGGGGAACAGAACGAAAUGUCUCGUCUGAAGGCGGCGUUACAGCGGGAACAUCGCGGCAAGCUGGCCAUACACACGCCCCGUAACACUCAGCAGCUGUGCCUCACCUUCCGUGGAGACAAGACUGCCAAGGUGAUGGGGUCACUAGCGAUGGAGCCGCCCGAACCCGGCAAAGAAUUACAAGGUAUCCUGGUGAAGAGGAAUUUCAACUAUCACAUCUUAGCACCUUCAGAUCUCAACAAAUACACGGAGCUUUCUCAGUCGGAAGUGUCGCAGCGAGUGUCGGUGUCGUACGGAGGUUCCGCAGCGUUGUUACGUCACGCCGUCCUUCGUUUGGCCGGACCUGUCGAGUUCCUGACGGACUCGCGCUGGAGGCUGUAUGGGUGUCUAGACCUUAUACUAGACUUACCUAUUGUGACACUCGAGUGGCAGGCGGCGCCGGUGUCGGACAUGUACGCGGACGCGGUGGUGGCGGCGGUGCUGGCCGCGUCUUCGCUGCCCGCGCCCUCGCACCUGCCGCUAGCGCCCAAGCUGGACCGCAUGCACUUCAAGGAGUGCGUAAUCGAGAUGCUGCAGGAGAUGUUCGGCGAAGACUCCGUACCAAAGAUGUUCAAGGGAGACAAACUCCACGUGGAGGUGGACGGGAAACGCGCGUACAUCGACCUUCUCGCUAUGGAAGUGAAAUGCACAGAGGACGAAGGGUUAGAACGGACAGUAUACUCAGCCCUCAGCAAGCUAUACGCUGCGCUUGCGCCGGUGAAGCCUCCGCCGCCCCCCACCCCGCUCACCUCCUGACAACCUUCCCCUCCACCCCCGCGCCGGGACGCGGAGCGGAAAGGAGUGGAGUAAUGCGAUGUGAUUUAAAGCAUUUUGUGUACUAAGCACAGCCCAAUCCGAGAAUAUACUGAAACCAAUAACGAAAAGCCACAAAGCGAAAUAUGUACAGCCUAAUUUUUGGAAACUUUUUUAAUUACUUGCCAAAGAUUAAAAAACGGUUUCCACAAAAAAAAAAAUUACUAUGGUUUCUAAGGAUUAAAUGUAUAAAGGCGUAAAGUAUUAAAUUGUUAGUUAAUAGACCAUCAUUUUAAUUUCAAGUGACACACUUUAUUAAAUAUCAAUGUCGGAAUAAUUCAUGUGGGAGA